UACAUGGAGCGGAUAUGAAGCGAAUCAUAGGACCAUGUGUAAGAGAACGGACAGCGUCCGGUCUGAGGUUAUCCGCCCCGUUACUGGUGUAUAUCUCAGCGUAGAGAAAGCGAGCCACUUCGACCUUGGAUAACGAACCCUGCGAUAUAUUUGUUUUAAACACAACCGUGGAGCCUAGAAUGUUUUCAAGCAGAGAUGAAAAACAGUGACCUGGCAACCUGACGGGCGGGUGCGUUACCGUGGCUGAGCGAUUCCCCAACAUGUCACAUCGCCAAACACAGCCAAUGCUGCACGGGAGCUUCACACUUCAGUGCUUUUUAAUGCAUAGACCUGAGCUUCGACCUUGACUGUAAGGUGAACGAUGUCCUUCUGAGGCUUUUUGGAUGAGCUGCCAUCCACCAUGAAGAAGCGCGCCAAUAAGAUCCUGGAGCCGGACGAUCCUUUGUGCUGCUGUGAGUAUGUGGACCGUCAUGGUGGGCGGAGUCACAUGGCAGCGUGCUGCUGUGACUGUGAGGAUCUGGACGAGGCUUGUGACAGAUGGCUGAAGAGAGAACCCCAGAACUCGGACUCGUUAUCUCGAGUGGCGGCCACGGUGACCGAUCGUCUACGAGUGCCCUGGAUUUCAGGAGCUAAAAAAGUAGACCUGUCCCUGAUCCCGCCUCUCAUCCUACUUCCCAUCCUCUUGCACAUCGCCGCUCUGCAUUACCUGCUGGGUAUCGUGGUCUUGACAGCGCUACCCGGCAUGGUGCUGUGGUAUUACUACUUCACCCACCGCAAGAAAGGACGCACGCUGUUCUUCCUCAGCCUGGCGCUGUUCUCCCUCUUCUAUAUGUACUACCUCUUCCUCACAGAGGUCGUGCCUCGAGGCGACGUCACCAACGUACAGCUGGGGCUCAUCACGCUAGGAGUGGCACUUACAAUCACAGCCCUCGUGCACACCAAGAAAGGCCCGGGCUACGUCAAGCCCAGUCCUGCUGACAUUCACAGCACAGUGACGUAUCACAGCCUUCCUCCCGACGUAGACCCCGCCUACCACGACAGCUCACGCCAUCAGGUGGUGAUUGCCAAUCGGACCAGUUCUGCCGAGCAGAGUGCUGAGCCUAGAGCUGUGGCAGGCGGCGUUUUGGAGAAAGACAGCAGCAGGAGGAACUGGUGUCCAUUCUGCAAGCUGGCACGACCUCCGAGAGCCGGACAUUGUAGGAUCUGCUGCGCUUGUGUCCUGCGCCUGGACCAUCACUGUGUCUGGAUUAACAGCUGUGUGGGUCAGGCCAACCAUCGCAGCUUCCUGCUGACGCUCUUCUUCUUCCUGUUGACCUCGCUGUAUGGGAUCAGCCUGGUGCUGCGCAGUGUGUGUCCCACCCAGAGCCUCCUGACCGCCUUGCUCUACUGCCCCGAUGUCUACAGUCAGUCCAGCUCGGCCCUGUGCUUCACCUGUGCCUGGUACAGCAGCAUCGUCACCGGAGGACUGCUCCACUUGCUGGUGCUGCAGCUGAUCAACGUCAGCUACAACGUAACGGAGCGUGAGGCUCGGAUCGCUCUGAGAGACAAAACCGGACGCAGUCUCAUCUGGGGCCUCAUCAUUGAUACGGGUGUGUACUCGCAUGGCUUCCGCGCCAACUGGAUUGAAUUCCUCACCAUGGGCGAGACGGUGGAACCCAAAGCACUGAAACCUACAGAUCUAGUGUAGACAUACUGCUGCUCAGCAUCUGAGCCUUAAAGAAGUGUGACUUACUGGAGGUCAUGAAAAGCUGUCAGAUUGGAUUAAAGCGUUGCGCACGUGCAGAUACACUACAGUCCCAAGAUUAGGUUUAUUAUAACCGAAAGGAAGAAAGGUUUUAUUUUUAUUUUUGUCCACUAGGUGGCAGCAGUAUAUCAUAUUUCAUCUGGCUGUAACCAAAUCGCAAUGCCUCAUCAGUGCACCUCAACAGCAAAAGGGGUCCGGGUAUCAAAGUGUUCACCAGACCCAACAUCUGCGAGUCCUUCCUAAGCCAUAUAAAGUAUGCCAUGAGACCAUAACAUUCAGAGCUGCUGUGUGUCUCUGUCUCUGCCCAGAAUGUAAAGUAGUGUUGUCUAGACAUCAUGUCAUGAUCUAGCUUGAUUUAGUGCCUUGCUGGGACAUGGGAGGGAAAAAAAACAAAACAAAACAAAA